AUGAGCUACUACGGCCAGCAGCCCCCCGUCGGCGUCCCGCCGCAGCAAGGCUACCCGGGGAAGGACGGCUACCCGCCAGCGGGGUACCCACCGGCCGGCUACCCCCCGCCGGCGCAGGGCUACCCGCCGCAGGGCUACCCGCAGCAGGGCUACCCGCAGCAGGGCUACCCGCCGCAGUACGCGCAGCCGCCUCCACAGCAGCAGCAGAGCAGCGGGCCUUCCUUCAUGGAGGGAUGCUUGGCUGCCCUCUGCUGCUGCUGCCUCCUGGACGCCUGCUUCUGA